GCCACUCUCAUAUUUGACUGUGACCUAGGAUUAAUAGGCGCUUGGUACAAGUUCCUUUUGAAAAUAUCUCCGCAGGGCGUUUCAUAAUUUGUCAUGUAACGUGACUUUUAAUUAUUCACAUGUUAUUUUUAAUGGUUUCCGGUGUUUUCAGUGCUCUUUUUAUAUAUUCAUGUAUUAAAUUAAUCCGCAUAGAAGGAUUCAUUUGACAGUUUGACUAUCAAUUGUACACAUUUCCCAUGAUGAGUUAUCAGUUUUUAACAAAAAAAUUUUGCAUCUCUUCAUUGUCCUUUAUUUAAACAACUUUUCAUAUGAGCUUUUAGGACGAUAAUUAUUUCAAAUGCCUUAAAUUUUUAUUUGCAAUACAUCUUAUAUGAAUAAUAAAUGUUAUAAAUGUCUGAUAGCAACAACAACAAUAACAUUUAUAACGGCAAAUAUCCACUUAUUUCGUCUCCAACUAUUUCCACUUCAGUCGGUUUAGGAAGUACUACUCAACAACAUACAUAUUCUAAUGUAAUUAAUAAUGAUCUAAACAACUGUACUGAUGAGUCUAAUUCCACUGUCAUCUCAUCUAGCACUAAUGAUAUUGGUAGACUUUUAUCAUGUAUAACUUCAAAUGGAAAUUGUUAUCCUACAUAUACUUCUACUCAUCCUACAAUUCAAACACAAUUUUCUAAUGAUGUAGAAAGUGAGAUUUCUACUCAUCACCAGCAGCAAAAACAAGAAUCACCCGGUGGAAAUAAUUCAUCUACAAAUUUAUGUGGUUUUAGAAUUAAAUGUGAAGCUGAUAGUGGUUUUUCGCCGAUUGGGAAUUUGUCUGGACAAUCUGCGCCAAUCUCUAAGUCAUCGUACGAGAUGAUGUGUAACAGUAAAUCGACCGCCACUAACUCUACGUUAGAAUCUUUCUCAGGGAAAACUGAAUCAUUUGAGGAACAUGAAAUAGUUGAUGAUCAAUUUAUUGAAAAUCGGAAACUUGUCGAAACGUGUGGAUCUUUACGAGCACAUCCACAAAGCAAUAAGACUAAUAGCAAUAAUGAUACAAAUGAAUCUAUUUCAUCUCAAUCAACAAGAUAUAUAUCAUGUUCAUCAGUGGAUCAACUUACACUACCUCAGACUAAUUUAAGUAAUCAUUUUCAUUCAGAUAAUAUUCUUAAUCCAGGAUGUAAUAACCGUAUAUUAAACAAUUCUCCAGUUCGUAUUGUAUCUCAGGGUCGACUAGAUAAUGAUAACGCAAGUGUUAACUCUUCAUCAGACUUUACAGCUGAUGCGCUUACUUUCAUUGAUACAUCAUCAACAUGUAUAAAUACAUUUGAUACAAAUGAACGUAUGCUUACGGGAACACCUGAUUUUUCUUGUUUCUUUCCUAAUACAUUAUGUGAUCCGCUGACUAAACGUUUUACAUCUAAUGGUCAUACACCAUGCGCUGGUUUUCCUGUAACUAAUCAGGCCGAUUCAAAGGUUCUAAUAGGUCUCAGUCCUCUAUCGAAAUCGCAUCGUUUAUGUUAUCCAUAUGAUGCAUAUGAACCACUGAAAAGUGAUUUCAAAGAACACUCAAAUAUAAAUAACAAUAAUACUGUUGAUAGAGCUCAACCGAAUUCUUCACCGAAUAGACUUAAAAAUAUACUAAACAGUACAGUAUAUGAUCGUACUGGUAGUAACAAUGGGUCUAAUUCAGUUACAACGCCUAUAACUUGUAAUAAUGAUGAAGCGGUGAACUUGAUUACUGACUCUGGUCAAAAGAGUCUUGUAAAUUGUAACGAAGUUCAAUUACCAGGAUUCAGUAGUCCUGAAUCAGCUUUCUAUCAAUAUCAAAAUAAAAUGGAGGGGCAAAGAUGUCAAGUGUGUGGUGAGUUGGCAGCCGGUUUCCAUCAUGGAGCAUAUGUAUGUGAAGCUUGCAAAAAAUUUUUCAUGCGUCAUUCGAUGGCUGAUACAAAACCGACAAACGUCUGUCCAACUGGUGGCAACUGUAUAGUGGCUAAAGGUAGUCGUGGGAAAUGUCAAAUUUGUCGUUACCGUAAAUGUUUACUUGUUGGGAUGAAAAUGAAAGAUCCAGAAACUCAAUCAGAAAUCGAUAUUUCUAAUAUUCCUUGUCGAGUGUGUGGCGGUAGAUCGUCUGGAUUUCAUUUUGGUGCAUUAACAUGUGAAGGAUGUAAAGGUUUCUUUCGUCGUACGGAAGGAUCAUCUAAUUCAUUAGUUUGUGUAGGUGGUCAAAAUGCUUGUACUAUAACACCUCGAAGUAGAAAUGCUUGUAAAAGUUGUCGUUUUCGUCGAUGUUUAGCAGCAGGAAUGUCUAAAAAAGGUAGCCGAAUUGGUCGUCAACCGAAUGCAGUCAAAUUUCAUUGUGCCAUUGAAAUUAAACAACUACAGGCUAUUCGUGGUAAUUCAUCUAGUUCAACAGGCGGAUUAUCACCGAGUCAAAGUUCCACAGGUUGUCCUCCAUAUAGUCAAUAUAAUCUUAGUGGAGUUGGUGGAAUUAGGAGUGGUAGUAGUGAUGCAUUAACUUCGUCCAUAAAUCAUUAUCGACAUAUAAGUCGAAGUGAUAAUGAUAAUAAUGGUGAUAAGAUGAGUCCUAAUUACAGUUCAACUGCAAUAAAUCCGAUAAAUUCUUCAUUGAAACAAGACAAUUUAUUAAUUUCGAGUGAUUGUAAGCCAACACAACCACCCUUAUCUUUAUUAUUCUUCUUACCGCCGAAUUCUAUGUCAAAUCAUCAUCAAUUAACAACAUUAAAUGAUUCGAAGUGUGCACAAUUAUCAUCUGCUUGUUAUUCAAAUAAUCAUGAUAGUGUUGAACAGGAUGAUGUUGAUAAUGAUGAUAAUGACGGCGACGAUGAUGAUAUUGAUGAUGAUGAUGAAAUGCAAUCAAUUAAAUCUGAUUACAAUCUGGAAUCUGAUACAUCUUCUCUAUCGACUAAUUUAAAAUUGCAAAUGUAUAAACAUAUGCAUAUGCGAUCAUCACCACUUAACGAUUCUUCCCAAUUGGUUCGUCAUUAUUCCAAUGGAUCAUCUAGUGUAUAUGACGCUUUAGAACGACAUGCUUUGGAUCGUACCGGUGAAUCUAUCACAUUUAAUGAUGAUAGAAAUGAUUCACACCCCAUAUGUAGUAGUUCCAAUAACGGUAAUGAAAGUAGUAUUGAUCAAAACUCAGGUUACAAAACAGUCAAAUCUAUUCCGCUGCAUCAAUCACCUAUUUCAGAUUCAUCAUCGGCUACAUUUUGUGCAUCUCGUUUGCUUAAUAAUAAAAGAUUAUUAUCCUUUUAUUCUCAGGAACAUCAAUUACAAUCAUUAUCAUCUCAAUCCAGUAUCAAUUGUUCUCUGUCAUCUACCUCUCCUACUCCUACUACUACUUCCUUGUGUUCUUCUCAACGUUCCUCUUCACCUUUUUCACUAAUCUCUUCAAAUCUGUCUCAGGUGCAGACAUGUAUAUCCACUAUACCGAAUUCAGAUAAUGAACGUGUUAAUAAAGUGAAAUUAUCUACCUCCAGCUUUUCAAACUCAACUAUCAAUACUACUGCAUGUAAUAGUACUACUACUACUCCUACACUGACAACCGUUAAUACAAAUAUAUCAUCAAACACAACAGUGGCAAAUAAUACAACUGCCAAUCGUCACAAUUUCAUAAGUUUCGAUGAUCCGUCAUUUUGGGAAGACGUAGAAGAUACUUUACCAUCAAUCAAUGUAACUUCUGAAGCUGUUUCACAAUUCACUGAUGGCAUGCGUACAGCUACUGAAUUUCUACGAUUACCAAAUGCAUACUUUAAAACACGUUUCCGUAUGACAUCGAUACCACCGGAACAUCAAGAUAAUAUUAAUCAAGUAUGGGGUCAUAUGAUGAAUCAUUUCCAUAUGCACGCUCAACAGGUUGUACAAUUCGCUAAACUUGUACCCGGUUUCAAUCAGUUAGGCAUAACAGCUAGAAGCAAUCUAGUUCGCGAAGCUAUGUACUCAGUCCUAUUGCUGCUUCUUAGUCGUGAUUAUUGUCCAGAAACUGAUGAAUAUAAUUAUUUUGAUUUUCCAACAAAAGAACGUGAAGUGAUCAUGCGACAUUUCCCGACAUUUAAACGUAUUACAGAGCAUUUACGUGUUUCCGGACGAAUAAUGCACCAUUUAAAUUUGAGUUUACCGGAAUUAUCGUUAUCAUGUGCUGCAGAAAUAUUGCGAAAUUAUUGUAUACUUGAAGAGCCUACCGCAAAAAGUACAGCUGAAUUAUUUGUAUUAGCACAUCAUAGUUUGUUAAAUUGCAUGGCAAAGCACUCUGUUCCGACUGUUGCAUCAACACAACAAAGACGGACCCAGUUAUUCGCUCUUAGAAAAAUGAUACGAGUAAUGGACAAGGAACAUCAUGAAAUUUUAGCAGAUUUAAGGGUUCUCAGGUCUGAUCUUCGGUUCCCUGAACUAUAUGUGGAAAUGUUUCAAUUAGCUGAUAGUGCAUCAGCGCUCUUUUCCGCUUCUGCUCAAGCUGUAACACUAGCCUGUUCUGGUGUUCUACAAUCCUCAUUAGGAUCUUUUCAAAAUUCUCAGUUAGCAUCAACUUCUUUAAAUAAUAAUCAAUCUAAUUUAAAUAUAAAUAAAUCAUCUGAUUCGACAGUAAAUAAUAGUGAUUUUAUUCUAUCCGUUGAUCGAUGGGAUGCAGGUCGACUUGCUUUAACUGUUCCAGCAGCAGCCGCAGCUGCAGCUGCAGCAGUUGUUGCAUUAACUGAACAAACUUCUAUAUGUCAAAAUAAUAAUAAUAAUCAGUUAUUACUACAACCUGAUUCUCAAUUGUCUUCAGCAUGUGCAUUUCCUCAAUUCUCCAAUUCAAUUGUUGUCGGUUCAUCAUCGUUAUUGUCAACCAAUGUUAGUCUUAGUUCGUGCCAGAAACGAGCUAAAAAUGAUGUAAAUCAAUCGGAUAAUACAACAUCUACUAUUCCUGUUUUUCCUACGAAUACCAAUAAUACCAUUGCUUUUAUCACUUCACCUUCUUCUUUUAUGUUUCCUAAUCAAUUACAUCAUCCAUCUUCUUGAUAUUUAUCUGCCUCUCUCUAUCCAUCUCGUUGUACUCUCAUACAAAUAUAAAAUACCCAGUCACACUAAAUUGAUCCUGUGUGUCUUACAUUCUUAAUGGUUAUCUUUUAAAUCUAUGAAAUACAUCUUUACAUUUUUUUCGAGAUCUAUUCGUCCAUCGAUUUUUUUUUCUUCUUUUGCCCUCAAAAUAAAGAUGAUGAUGAUGAUGAUUAUGAGGCAACGCAUUACACAAUUACAUAUUGAUUAAUUUAGUUUCUAUGAGACUGUAUCUCCUGGAUUUUUCUUGUUUUGUAUUUAUGUGGAUUGUUUUUUAGCUUAUACUUUUAUUAUUUUUUUUUCUUUUCCAAAUCGAAUUUCUUUUUUCUCUCAACCUUAAACAUUAUCAUCAUUGUGUGUGUGUGUGUUGUACUUCAAUGAUUGUGUAUUAUUGAUUGUUUUUGUUGUACACUUAUUUUUUUUGUUUGUAAUAUGACACACAUACAUUGCAAUGAACCUUUCUGUAAAACAAUUAAAAUGGAAGAAAUCUAACUGAUAUAUAUAUAUAUAUAUAUAUAUAUACACACGCGCAAAAUCUACGGUAAUCAAUAAUUUAUUGUAUUUCUUUAUGGUGGUGUAACUCAGGUUAUAAUUUUCGGUCUAUUUAUUUAUUAAAUUAAUUUAAUUUAAUGAAAGGGAUUUAUAUUUUAUAUCUCUCUUACAACGCCUCUAAAAUUUACAUUGUAAAUGACAAUUUGUGUCUAUAUGUGUGUCUAUGUAUGUGUAUGCGUGUAUGUAGGUACAAGGAGAGAGAAAGUAACAACAACCACGACAAUGAAUAAUAAUAAUAAUAAUAAUAAUGAAUUUUGCCAUUAGUAUAGUGUCAUUGUGUUUUGGUUGAUUUAUAUAUAUAUAUAUUUGUUGGAAUUGUUAUUCGUCUUGAUAUUAUGGUUACAAUGUGGUGUAUACGUUUUAUUCAUUGUUUCCAUUCUAUCUUACUCAAAUUUAUUUAAAAUGAUUUCUGUUUAUUAUUCAGGGUUUUUCUUAAAGUUUCAAGCUUCUUUUUUUUCUUUUCUCAUUCUUUAUCUUCAUCUUUAUUCAAUAUUUUGUUUUUGUAUACUGCGUGCUAUAUGAAUUUUGAUUCGUUUGUGUAUUAUUUAAUUUAAGGCAUGUACCCAGUGUGUAUGUGUGUGUGUGUGUGAUGUUGUACACUUGUCAAUCCAUAUUUUAAUAAAUAUGUUCCCUUUUAUUUUUCAAUAUCACUAAUGUGUAAUUUUAUUAUUAUUAUUAUCACCAUCUCAGGGAAUAAUGAACUUUUGCUAUGACUAAUAAUAUCAAAUUUGUUAUAUAAGCAGUAAUACUACUUACAAGUCAAUGUAUAUUAUUAUUAUUAUUAUUAUUAUUAUUAUU